GAGUGACGCCGGUUCCCCUCCCUAGUCUGCACCCCGCCUCCCCGCUUUGCAAAGCUGCUCCCGACAUGCUCUGAGCUGCGGAUCCCGGCGCCGGCCCUCAGCUCCGGACGGAUCCUUCGCUGAGACCCUCGGAGGCGCCAUGGCCGACUGGGCGCCCGCGCAGGCUCCGGAAUGGGACGCUGAAUCACGGGGCGCGCCGUCUUCCCUGCAGUCCCCCGCCGUCCUUGAGUGUCCAGUGGGGCAGGUGACGGAGGCGUCUGUCUGGACUCUGGUGGCCGCUGUCCAGGCGAUGGAGAGCAAAGUGGACGCUUUGACGUCUCGUCUGCUGAGCCUGGAGGGCAGGGCAGGGACGGCGGAGAAGAAGAUCUUUGAGUGCGAGAAGACGGAGCUGGAGAUUGGGAACCAGCUGGAGGGCAAGUGGACGGUGCUGGGGACCUUGAUCCAGGAGUACGGCUUGCUCCGGAGGAGGCUGGAGAACCUGGAGAACCUGCUCAAGAACCGGAACUUCUGGAUCCUGAGGCUCCCACCCGGGGUCAACGGGGAGGCCCCCAAGGUGACCUUUGAUGGCAGCGCCGCCUUUUCCCAGGAGGAGCGGGAGAAGAUGGAGGACUGGCAGAAGGAACUCUACAAGAACGUCCUGAAGGGGAACUGCGAAUACUUGAUCUCUCUCGAUUAUGCAAUCUCCAAACCAGAUAUUCUGUCCCGGAUUGAACGAGGGGAGGACCUGGGUCCUGGUGAACAGCAGGACGCGGACUCCAGGGAGAACCUCGGGGAUGCCAGCGUGGCUGAGAACCCCUUGCAGAAGCAAAGGAACCAUCAGAGAAGCGCAGCUCCAGCAUUUGUCCCAGGUUCUCCUGAGUCCAUCUCAGAGGCUGCCUCCUCCUCGCAGGUAAAACAAGAGCAGGAGCCCUUGGCUAAGGAGGAAGAGGAGGAGAGUCCAGGAAGCAAAACAGCCCCAGUUGACAGCUGGCUGAUACACCAAAAAUGCCGGUCGCCUGAGGAGCUGGAGCCCCACUGGACUCUGGCAGAGAGAUCGGAAGAGAAUGUCUACCAGGACGUGAACGGCAGCUACGGUCUUGGUCAAGCGUUACCCCAGGGCUUCGCCGAGCAAGUCUUCCCCGGGGCAGCAGAGAGGGAUCCUGUCCCCCCAAACGGACCUCACCUCCAGCGGGGUUCCCCUGAGCGGCCCUACAUCUGCGCCGACUGCGGGCACGCCUUCGUCCGGAAGGAGAAUUUCACCCGGCACCGCCGCUCCCACCUGGGCGAGAGGCCUUUCUCCUGCCUCGAGUGCGGGAAAGCCUUCGUCCACCAGUCGACGCUGACCACGCACUACCGCACCCACACCGGGGAGAAGCCCUACGGCUGCGCCGAGUGCGAGAAGCGCUUCGGCCGCCUCUCGACCCUGGUGGAGCACCAGCGGACGCACACCGGGGAAAAACCCUACGCCUGCGGCGAGUGCAAGAAGCGCUUCGGCCGCCUCUCGACCCUGGUGGAGCACCGGCGUACGCACACCGGAGAGAAGCCCUACCAGUGCGCCCAGUGCCACAAGCGCUUCACCCGUAUGACCAACCUGACGGUGCACCAAGACACCCACGGCGGGGAGAGGGCGUAUUCCUGCGCACGCUGCGGGAACAGCUUCCCCCAGAAGGCAGGUUUCCUCAAGCACCUGCGUUCCCACGCCCGGGAGAAGCUGCACCAGUGCCAGGACUGCACCAAGAGCUUCGCGUGCAGCUCCUGGCUGCUCCGGCACCAGGCGGCGCACUCGGGCGAGCGGCCAGAGGGUCGCUCCUGCUGCCACGUCUGCGGCAAGGCCUUCCGCUGCCAGCGAAGCCUGAAACUGCACGAGCGCAGCCACGCCGACGCAGCGGGCGGCCCGUGGGCAACGCAGCACGACAGCCAGGCUCCUUUCGUGAAAACGGAGGAGGUGGGGUGAUGGAAGGGGGCAAAGGGGCUGUAUGGUGAGGGUCUCCCCUUCUGGAAACUCCCCCCAAAAUUGAAGGCAGGCAGCCUGUCUGGCUCUGGCACACAGCUGACUUGGGUUAGCAAUAAAUCUGAUUGUUAUUUUUAUAUAUAUUCUUUAUUGAUAAUAAAAUGUAAUAUGGA